UUUGAAAGUAUUACUAUUGAAUAAGUCCCAAGGUUGUUACCUUGUUUUUAGGAUUUAAUUCCUUUACAGUGGUUAUGGUUAUUUAUUUAAGCGGCACUUCCUCUUGCCGCCGCUGGCCGGAGACCGGAAUUUCAGGGACGCAACAAGUUCCCCUGGCUUGCCGAUUUUAGGGGGAAACAAAACAAGUCUUUUCAAAGAGAAAUGGAAAACACCGCUUUUGAUUCGAGUUUCCACCGCACUUUGAAAUACUUACUAGCUACGCAAUUUCUGUCAAGGGGAAUCCCGUUCGUAUUCAAUUCCUGGAUUGUUAGACAUCUAUCAGAAGAAGAUUAUGUGGUUUGUGCUGUACAAUUCCAUCUGUUUGUGACCUGCAUAUUGUUUAUGAGUAGAGAGGGAUUCAGGCGAGUGUGCAUGAGGGAAGAUAUUAUGUGGGAUGGUAGUUUAGCAGCAGGAGAAACUGAAGCCCAGGUUUUGAAAAUCGCCUGGAUGACCUUCCCAUUAGGGGUACUGGUCACAUUUUUUGCUUGUUUGAUUGUAUUCUGGUGGCAAGGUCUGGGUUAUUCCAGUCCUUAUGGUCGAGCUAUAUUGAUUAAUGGUUUUGCCUGCAUUCUUGAGCUACUGGCAGAACCCUUUUUUAUUUUGGCCCAAAAAUUGGCUCUUCUCAAACUGCGGCUGAUUGUUGAAACUGCUGCCACUCUUUCACGUUGUAUAGUAACAUAUGCUCUCAUCCUGAAGCAACCGAGCUCGGAGAAAGCGUUUGUAUUUUCAAUGUCACAGGUUGCGUAUGGAGCAUCUAUUUUCAUAGGCUACUGGGCUUACUUUCUUCUGUGCCAAUUAUACACAACUCGUGUUCUAUUUCCGUUCCGGAUGGGAAAUACAAAAAACUAUGAUCAACUGCUUGUGAACAUGUGCAUGAUGCUUAAUCUUCAAUCCGUUCAGAAGUUGAUUCUUCAGGAAGGUGAAAGGAUGGCCCUUGUAUGGUUUGAUACACCAUAUAACCAAUCAGUAUAUGGACUUGUAGACAAACUAGGGAGCCUAGUGGUGAGGCUGAUUUUUCUUCCCUGUGAAGAAAGCUCAUAUGCAACGUUUGCAAGGCCUGCAUCAGGAGAUCGAGAUUGGAAAAAGGAGAAGUUGGGAAGGAGUCUGACAGAUGCGCUGAAGCUUGUUUUGCUUAUUGGUCUAGUUGUUACCGCAUUUGGUCCAAGCUAUUCAUAUUCCCUCAUCAGAUUGCUGUAUGGUAGAAAAUGGAGCGAUGGAGAAGCUACCAAAGUACUUCAAUGUUAUUGCCUUUAUGUGAUAGUUUUGGCCAUGAAUGGGACGUUUGAAGCAUUUCUACAGGCAGUUGCAACAAAGAAAGAACUUAAACAGUCAAAUGGUUCAUUGCUUGCCUUCCCAUUGAUAUAUGUGAUCAUUAACGUCUUGCUUAUCAGAUCAGCAGGCGCAAUUGGAUUGAUUUUAGCAAACUCUGUGCAUAUGAUCUUGAGGAUAGUUUACUCAGCGGUUUUCAUCAAAAAGUAUUUCAAGGAAUCAUCAUCCUUUGCGUUUAGAGCUUGCUUGCCUGGAGGUUAUGAAUUUUUGUUGGUUUCAGGAGUAGCCACCUUCAUAGUUGAAAAGAUGUACCUUAACCGAGACAGCUUCUCGGCCACCUUUACCGUUCACUUCUCAUUUGGUUUAUUCUGUUUUCUUGUGGCCACUUUCAUAAUCUAUCAAAAGGAGAGGCCUUUUAUCGUGAAAAUUAUACGCUUCCGCGAACACGCUGAUUGAAUGUGCUAAAAAAUUACAUCUUGCUCAAUAGGGUUUGUGAAAAGUUUUGCUCUAUUUCAAGAUCAAGGAAUCAUAAGCACUGAGGAUUAAAAGGAUAUUAUUGUCUAAUGAUGCGAGGAUUACGAGCAUUUCUGGUAUACUAUGCUUGCUACCAGAUGUUCACCCCAAACUUUUUAUAAUUCAUUUGCCUUCCACACAAUUAUGUCACGGAAUUUGUACAACCAUAUGUUUUGUAUUCAAACCUCUUGAGUGUUGAACCUAUCUACUAAAGUAGAUAAUUUUUGUUUUUCAAAAAAAAAAAGUACUGGCUAUUUAAGCCUUCAUUUUCUUUAGUUUAAUAUACGUACGCUGCAUUGCAUCUACUCUAAUCUCUUCAUAGUUUUAGUUGACAUUUAGUAUCAGAGACUUAUGGAAUCUUUCCUUGGGCCGUUUAAAUGUGUUUUCGUGAGAGUGAAACACAGAUUUUAGAUUGACCAUCAACAUGUAGGACAACAAUGGAAAUGGAAGUUUUCUAAAUCAGUUGCGUAUCUUUAAAGAGGUGAAUUUUCAUUUUCGGGGUCUGAAAAUGAAAACUCUUUUUAAAUCACAAGAGCUAUGGAGCUGUGUGGAGAAUGGCUUUGAAGAUGAAUAUUUAGAUGAUGGCACUGAAGAAACAGAUCAGACCUUAAGGGACAGAAGAAAAAAGGAUGCAAAAGCUCUUUAUAUCAUUCAACAUUUAUCUGGUUGAUGCUGUGUUUCCACGCAUUGGAGCAACUUUUACAGCAAAAGAAGCAUGAAAUAUUCUUACUCAAGAAUAUGUAGGAGACAAGAAGGUAAUCACUAUGCGAUUACAAUCUUUGAGAAGAGAAUUUGAAAACUUCCAAAUGAAGAAAAAGGAGACUGUCCCAGACUACCUAUCAAGAAUGUCAACAAUAGUCCAUGCUUUCUGAAUUGGAUAGUUAUUUAUUGCUAAUAACAUGCACAAUGUGGUUGUUUUCUACAAAUAGUUCUGAUUCUGAAUGCAUUUUGGGGAUUGUUUUGAUUGAAAAAAUAAACUUUGGCCCUUAGCUUGGUCCAACUUGUUUUAGAGGGAGGGGAGAAAAGUGUAGUGAUGGC